UAUGAUGAUUAAUAAAGAAAUGAAUUAAACUAUUAAGAAUUUAUUAGACAUUGAUUUUUGCGAUUCAAAAAUGGAAUCUUUGAACAAAUCUGGCGACACAAAAAAAGAACUGGACAAACUAAUCACUAAAAUAACUUUGGAAUUUCACGACAUAAAGUUUAGUGUGUACCGAACAUCAUUAAAACUUGGUCGGAUUCAAGACGCGUUUCAUUUAAGAGGUAUCACCACUACUACGCUGUAUUCUAAGGUGAAGAAACUGAUUUUAAAUAAAACAAACACUAGUAUUGACAAUGUAACAACAGAAGGGAUGAAUUAUGAGGAGUUGGAGGGGUUGGUGAGGUCACUUUACCACGAUUCCUUAUCAAAGGUGUCGAAGAAACUAUGCGAAUGUUUGUGUACGUUGGUAUUCCAAACGUUUCAAGAUUUCACAGAGAAUCGGGUUUCCGUGAUCGCUGUUGUGCUUUUCUUUAUUAUACUAGGAGGGGAGGAACUGGUGAAAAAAUAUAAGUUGUUGUUCUCGUUGUAUUCUGGUUCACUGAGGAUGCUGACGAGAAGUCGAUGCGGUUUGAUGCUCGCACACUGCGUUCGUCUCACUGAUGUGGUUGGAGAAGAUAUUAACUUCGGGAAUAUUUCGUCCGCGAUCGCAAGUUGCUUCAGUGGCGUUCUUGGAGCUUCGAUAUCGGAGCAACAGCUCCUCCAGUGGCUGUUUAAAGAGCCGCAGUCGCUGGUGUGGUUACCAACAAUGCACCGGUUAAAUUUAGCGAAAUCUUCCGUUCAUGAAGUCCAGUGCGCCGAGUGUAAGAUCCGCCCAAUUAUCGGCCUCCGUUUCCAGUGUUUAAAAUGCCUCGAUUACGACACUUGUCACCAUUGUUUCUUAACACAGAGUAACUCGUCGCGUUCGCAUAAACUUAACCAUCCGCGACAGGAGUAUUGCACACCGGCUGGGGGUCGCGAAAAGGUCAACGCUUUCGCAAGGACAAUCCGGAACAUUGUGACAAAACGUUAUAAACAAAAACCAUUGUCUUCGAGCUUUUUACCAAUCGACCAAUCACCAUCGAGCGAUAAUGUUGUCAUGGAAACAAGAGACAAGUUGAACGAAUCUUCGGACUUUGUUGAAAUUAACCACUUGGCGGCAGCAGAGAGAGAGGAAUUGGAAAAACUUGUCUCGAAGCUGAAAGAAGAGAACGAUAAAAUGUCUGGCACGGUUCAGUUGUUGGAGUCAACCAAGCAUGACGUGCCGUCCAAUGAGAUUGAAGAUCGGUUGAUUCUGCAAAGUCAUCUCGAUACUGUGACUCAGCAAAAUAAGAGCCUUCAGUCAGAGUUGGAUAAUUUGAAAUGCGUCGUUUUCGCCGAUGAUUUCAUGACGACAGGGAAAUCACAAUCGCAUCAUGAAUUAUCGGCCAAUCAGAGCGAAGUAUCGGAGUCAUGUGAUGAGAGAUCGACCAAUAAGAAAACAGCGAAGAAACGAAAAAAGCGAGCACCUCGCCCAACACCGGAGGGUGAUAAAGACAAUGAGUUUGUUGUUGACGAAAAUAUGGCGGGUGGUUUGGAGGCUCACUUGCACCACCUAGUGGAUAGGUUGGGGAGGAAUGACGAGGAUGGGGAGAUGGAAGAUGUGGUGAAUGCGAUGGUUGAUGCCGGGGAAAUGUUUAUUCGAUUGUUGGAUGUUAUUCUUGUUAAUUGAGGGAUAUUAUGUUUGAUUUUGGGGAGAAAACAUUAAGAGGAAUUAAUUACAAAAAAUCUUUUAAAUAUUUAUUGGUUGAAACAUAUUAUAUAUAAAAGUAUUUUUGAUCAAUUUAUGUCUUGGAAUACCAUGGUGAGGAUCAAAUAAUUAAAACAACAAAGAGAAGGGGAUUAGCGACAAAACGACAGGAAAAGUGGAGAAUAUAAUUAUCAGAAAACUGUCACAUAAAACCAAGUGACAUAUGCUUACCCAUGAGUUUAAGUCACUGAACUUUUCCAUCCUUCUGGUUUUCUAUGAAAUAAAGUUUAAUGUUGCUAAUAUUGAAAAUUUAUUUUAUUAUUUUCCAAUUAGUGUUGCACUCAUUAGCUGCAUAACAUUGUGUCAUAAUAUUGUUAUUUUGCACUUUAUUGUUAUCUCAUAUUUUAUUAUUGUGAUGUCAUAUAGUAUCAUUGUGAUGUCAUAUAGUAUCAUUGUUAUUUUUAGCAUCUUUUUCACAUCAAUAAUUUUUAGAAGUUUCACGUUCAAUUACACCCACUGUAGUAAUGGUAGCUGUUUAUUAUAAAUAUAUU